UUUCUCCACGUCCAUUUAUAACUUCCCAAUCAAUUCAUUCAUUCAAUAAAUACCUGAAAAUCUCAUCGUCUUCCCUUAUCACUAUCAUUCUAUUCAUCCAAUGACUAAACGAUUUGUUCUUCGUCGUUGCUUCAUUCUCUUUGCUUCAUUUGCUCUGUUUGAUGUUAGGACUUCCAUAACUCACAAAUCUGAAGAUGGAACUGAAGAAUGGGGCUACGUUCAAGUCAGACCGAAAGCCCAUAUGUUUUGGUGGCUUUAUAGAAGCCCUUCCAGAGUGGACGCUGGUUCCAAGGCAUGGCCGACCAUUCUUUGGUUGCAGGGCGGACCAGGUGGCUCGGGAACUGGGUUUGGGAAUUUCUUGGAAAUCGGGCCGCUAAACUUGAACUUGAAGCCGAGAAACUCAACAUGGCUGCAAAAAGCUGACCUCUUGUUUGUGGACAAUCCAGUUGGGACCGGAUAUAGCUACGUGGAGAGUGGCGGAGAAUUUGCGAAAGGCGAUGUGGAGGCGGCGAUCGACAUGACAACUUUGCUAGCUGAGGUUUCGAAGAACAACACUGUCGGCCUACGGAACGCUCCUUUGUAUAUAUUUGCGGAGUCUUACGGUGGAAAAUUCGCCGUCACUUUGGCUUUGUCCCUCCUUCGAGCCAUCCAAGCCGGCAAUUUGACACUUAAUCUCCGAGGAGUUGCCCUAGGAAACAGUUGGAUGUCCCCAGAAGAUUACACUUAUUCUUGGGGCCCUCUUCUCAAAGAUCUCUCGCGAAUUGACGAUGUGACAUUGCAAGCAUCAAAUAGGUUAGCAUUGAAGAUCCAGCAGCAACUUAAAAACAAGUUGUACGAAAAUGCAACUGUUUCGUGGAGUGAUCUUGAGGAAUUAAUUAUCACCAAUUCUAAUAAGCUAGAUUUCUAUAACUUCAUGUUGGAUUUGGAAAUGGACUCUAUAUACAAACCAGGAAGUGGAGGAGGCUUGGAAGCUUUGAUGAAUGGCCCAAUUAAGCAAAAACUCGCUAUUAUUCCACCAAAUGUCACAUGGGGAGGUCAAUCCGACUCGGUCUUCCAAUUUUUUAUCGGAGACUUUAUGAAGCCGAGGAUCAUGGAGGUUGAUGAAUUACUGGCUAAAGGAAUUAAUGUGACUAUCUAUAACGGUCAAGUCGAUCUUAUUUGUUCAACCAGAGGAACGGAAGCUUGGAUUAAUAAGCUCAAGUGGAAAGGGCUAAAGACAUUUAUAAACAAAGAGCGAACCACUUUAUUUUGUGGAAACCAGAAGCAAACUAAGGGCUUCACUAAAUCGCAUCAGAAUUUGCAUUUCUAUUGGAUCCUUGGAGCGGGCCAUUUUGUUCCCGUGGAUCAACCGUGUGUGACACUAAACAUGGUGGAAGCAAUCACACAGUCACCAGCUUCUUGAUGCAGUUAUUAUUAUUAUUUUUUCCACAGAAAAUAAGAAAUACAUAUUUACUUUUAAA